AUGAACGCGCUUCGUUCCAGGGCAUUGCACGCUCCCCGCAGGGCCCUGCCACGCUCGCAAGUCCGACACUUUCACCCGACUAAACCAGCUCCGUGGAUAAACGAAGCUCUCGAUGCCUCCGCCGGGCUGAUCCAUGGCGUCCACAAUAUCACCGGCCUGCCAUGGGUAGCCUCGAUCCCGCUCACAGCCCUGAUAGUGCGAACACUCGUCGGAUUGCCCUUACAAAUGUACACCAAAGCCAACGCACGGCGCGAACGAGAUAUUAUGCCCCUCAAGCAUGCCUGGGCAAACUGGGCCGAAUCGAAGAGGAGGCAGCUGGGAGGAGGACCGCGCUCCAAGGGGCCCAAUAUGGAAACCACCCGAGAAUAUAACGAGAAGAUCAAACUUCUACAUCAGCGGUGGGAUAUCUCCGUCAAGUCCCGUUUCGCACCCAUCUUGCAAUUGCCGGUCUGGAUCUUGCUCAUGGAGAGUAUCCGUGGCAUGUCCGGAAACAAGAACGGCCUGGUACCAUGGCUACUCUCAUUGAUUGAGGGGAAUCAGGAAGCUACCGAUGCGGCCGUCAACUCCCUUCAUUUAACAAUGGAGCCCACCUUUGCGAACGAGGGUGCGCUAUGGUUCCCCGAUCUACUUGCGGGUGACUCGACCGGUAUCUUGCCGGCACUACUCACGGCCUCCAUUCUUCUCAAUGUUCAAGCGGGUUGGAAACGUACGCCACGCGCUGAUCUAGCUGAUAUGCCCCGGAUGGAGAUGUACCGGGCCGUAACCUUCAAUGGCCUGCGCGUUUUCAUCCAGGUCCUGGCGCUGAACGUGGGAUUGUCCGGAUGGUUUUAUGAGAUGCCAGCCGCGCUCAUGAUCUACUGGAUCAGUAGCUCUAGUAUUGCCACGCUGCAGACAUACAUCUUGGAAAAGAAGAUGUUCAUGAAGCCGCCAAUGCCGAUAUCCGCCAGACGCUAUGUUGGUUACAAUAACCCUGAAGCUCCGGAUGCAUUCCAUAUGAAACUACGCUGA